AUGCGCUUCACCCUCGCCACGAUCGCCAUCUCGCUCCUCAGCCUCGGCGCCUCGACCGCCGACGCCGCGUGCCACAAAGUCUCGCGUCGGGCGCUCGCCGCCCGGGCCCAGCAGCCUGCCGCCCCUGCUGUGGUCCCCUUCCACCGCACCUCGUCCGACAAGAAGAUCGUUCGUCGCCAGAAGGGCGGCGCGAGGCUCAACCGCCAGGGCGGGUCCUGGGGAGGUGCGGGCUCUGCUUCUCGCGCGAGCAUGACGGCGCCGGCAGGCGGCAAUGGCAGCGGCGCACCGACGACGUCGGCCUGGAGCCAGUCGAGCUCGCAGACGAGCAAGGCGGCGCAGGUGACGGGCGCCGCUGGCCCCGGGUCGUCGAGCUCGUCGGCGGCAGGUUCGAGCGCAAGCUCGACUUCGUCCUCGUCGUCGAGCGGUUCGACCUAUUCCGGCACCGCCACCUUUUUCUACCAGGACGGCAACGCCGGCGCAUGCGGCUCGACGCAUUCGGACUCGGACAAGAUCGUCGCCCUGCAGUCGAGCAUGUACGGCUCGGGCUCGUACUGCGGCAAGACGGUCGUCGUCACCAACACGAGCAAUGGCAAGAGCGUGACCGCGACCGUCGCCGACGAGUGCCCUGGCUGCUCAACGUCAGAGUCGCUCGACCUCUCUACGGGCGCGUUCGACUCGAUCGGCGACGAGGACACCGGCGAGCUGUCCAUCUCGUGGUCCUUCUCGGACUGAGCAAGAAACGACGCAUGACUCGCAGGUCGAGCCAGCAAGAGUCCCGCACCCAGACGGGCGCUGCGCGCCUCCUCCUGUAGCUCCUUCCCCUCGCUCUCGGACCCCUUCUUUAAACGAUCUCUUCCUCUCUCUUUCCUCUCCUCUCUCCGAUGCAACGACGCAGGACGUCCGCGA